AUGUCGUCCAGUAAUAAGGGUAAGAUAGACGAUCAUAGACGAAAAUGGGAUGUUGAUAAGUUUGAAAAGCUUGCAAAAGAAAGAGCUGAUGGCUACGACAAGGAUGAUAAACAUGAUAAAUCAUCUAUUCCUGUCAAGCGAGAAUUAUUAAAGGAACGCGAUUAUGAAGUUGAUUUAGAUUCUAAGGUCGGCAAGUCGAUAGUGAUAACAAAGACAACACCGUCAUCUCUAUCUGGAGGGUAUUACUGUAAUGUUUGCGACUGUGUUAUUAAAGAUUCUAUGAAUUUUCUCGAUCAUAUCAAUGGCAAAAAACAUCAAAGAAAUUUGGGUAUGUCAAUGCGCAUUGAAAGAUCAUCCCUUGAAGAUGUCAAGAAUAGAUUUGCAUCAAACAAGAGAAAGAAACUUGAAGUAAAAAAAACUUAUGAUUUUGAAGCUCGAAUACAGGAAUUAAAGGAAGAGGAGGAAAAAAUGAAAGCUACUAAAAAAGAGAGAAGGAAAGAAAAGAAGAUGCGUCCAAGUAAUAAUAGUGAUGAUGAAGGUGGCGAUAUAGAUCCUGAAAUGGCAGCAAUGAUGGGAUUUAGUGGUUUUGGAUCUACGAAAAAGUGA